AUGUUUAAGUUAGUAAGUCAUAAUGUCAACAUUAUACUGGAUAAGUUAGAGAGUAAAAGUCAUGUCAAAAUCGUACUGGAUAAGUUAGAGAGUAAAAGUCACAAUGUCAACAUUAUAUUGGAUAAGUUAGAGAGUAAAAGUCUUGUCAAAAUUGUACUGGAUAAAUUAGAGAGUAAAAGUCACAAUGUCAACAUUAUAUUGGAUAAGUUAGAGAGUAAAAGUCUUGUCAAAAUUGUACUGGAUAAGUUAGAGAGUAAAAGUUGUGAUGUCAUCAUUGUACUGGAUAAGUUACAGAGUAAAAGUCAUAAUGUCAACAUUAUACUGGAUAAGUUAGAGAGUAAAAGUCGUGAUGUCAACAUUGUACUGGAUAAUUUAGAGAGUAAAAGUCGUGAUGUCAACAUUGUACUGGAUAAGUUAGAGAGUAAAAGUCGUGAUGUCAACAUUGUACUGGAUAAUUUAGAGAAGAGUAAAAGUCAUGAUGUCAACAUUGUACUGGAUAAGUUAGAGAGUAAAAGUCAUGAUGUCAACAUUGUACUGGGUAAGUUUGAGGGUAAAUGUCGGGAUGUCAACAUUGUACUGGAUAAGUUAGAGAGUAAAAGUCGUGAUGUCAACAUUGUACUGGAUAAUUUAGAGAGUAAAAGUUGUGAUGUCAACAUUGUACUGGGUAAGUUUGAGGGUAAACGUCGGGAUGUCAACAUUGUAUUGGAUAAGUUAGAGAGUAAAAGUCAUGAUGUCAACAUUGUACUGGAUAAGUUAGAGAGUAAAAGUCAUGAUGUCAACAUUGUACUGGGUAAGUUUGAGGGUAAACGUCGGGAUGUCCACAUUGUACUGGAUAAGUUAGAGAGUAAAAGUCAUGAUGUCAACAUUGUACUGGAUAAGUUAGAGAGUAAAAGUCAGGAUGUCAACAUUGUACUGGGUAAGUUUGAGGGUAAACGUCGGGAUGUCAACAUUGUACUGGAUAAGUUAGAGAGUAAAAGUCAUGAUGUCAACAUUGUACUGGAUAAGUUUGAGGGUAAACGUCGGGAUGUCAACAUUGUACUGGAUAAGUUAGAGAGUAAAAGUCAUGAUGUCAACAUUGUACUGGAUAAGUUAGAGAGUAAAAGUCAUGAUGUCAACAUUGUACUGGGUAAGUUUGAGGGUAAACGUCGGGAUGUCAACAUUGUACUGGAUAAGGGCACAAAGUGUAGGAGCCUUCAUUGUAACAAGUAA